GGUGGAGAGAGAGAGUUUAGAGCUGUUGUUAAACAGUUUCUUACCGUAAGAGGGAGUUGAGACCUAGAUCUUUCCAGUUAAUCUCACAACAAACUUAGCUCAUCGCAAUAAAAAGCAGCUCGGUCUAUGCUAGCUUAUUUAGUGACUGACUGCACAGGGGAUACUUCGUCCAAGCAUCUUCCUCUGAGGCAUCUGCCGGCAAAGGCCAGGAUCAUGUGGACGACCCAACUUGUGCCAGUAUUGAUGCUGCAUCUUCUCCUCUCCAUCACCAUACCCCUGGCAGAGGCUCAAAAGCAACGAAGAAGCACCCUUCAUGAAUUCAAAAAGACGGCAGAGGUUACACUAAUUAAGGUGGAUCGAACACUCUAUUCAAAAACCAAAAAGCUGAACACCACAGAACUAUGUGCCCACAGAUGUAGUAAAAAUAAAGGCCUUCCAUUCUCAUGCAAGGCCUUUGCUUUCGACAAAGCAUUGAAGAGAUGCCACUGGUUCUCAUUCAAUAGCAUGACGAAUGCAGUGAGGAAGAAGCAGGACCAUGCAUUUGAUCUCUAUGAAAAGAAAGACUAUAUUAGAAAUUGUAUCAUUGGGAAAGGGGGAAGCUACAAGGGAACUGUUUCUGUAACUAAAAGUGGAAUUAAGUGCCAGCCGUGGGAUUCCAUGAUACCACAUGAACACGGCUUUUUGCCUUCGAGCUAUCGGGGUAAAGACCUGCAGGAAAAUUAUUGUCGGAAUCCUCGUGGGGAAGAAGGAGGACCGUGGUGUUUCACAAGCAAUCCAGAGGUACGCCAUGAAGUCUGUGACAUUCCUCAGUGUUCUGCAGUUGAAUGCAUGACCUGUAAUGGGGAGAGUUACAGGGGCCCCAUGGAUCACACUGAAUCAGGCAAGGAAUGUCAGCGCUGGGAUCAACAGACCCCACACCGGCACAAAUUUCUACCAGAGAGAUACCCUGACAUGGGCUUUGAUGAUAAUUACUGCCGCAAUCCCGAUGGCAAGCAGAGACCGUGGUGCUACACUCUUGACCCUGACACCCCCUGGGAGUACUGUGCCAUUAAAACGUGCGCUUCUCUCUUUGGGCAAUUAAAAAGGAAUAACGUCCUUGUUUUUGAGGCUCAUAGCACUGUGAACAACACUGACAUAAACACCGAAACAACUGAAUGCAUCAGAGGUCAAGGGGAAAACUAUCGAGGAGCCAUCAGAGAGACAUGGAAUGACAUUGAAUGUCAACGCUGGGACUCUCAACAUCCUCACCAGCACAAUAUAACUCCUGAAAACUUCAAGUGCAAAGACUUACGGGAAAACUACUGCAGAAACCCAGAUGGAGCUGAAUUACCCUGGUGUUUCACUGUUGACCCAACCAUCCGCAUAGGCUAUUGUUCCCAAAUCCCCAAGUGUGAUGUUUCAAGUGGACAAGACUGUUAUCGUGGGAAUGGCAAGAAUUACAUGGGGAAUUUAUCCAAAACAAGAUUUGGGCUGACUUGCUCCGUGUGGGAAAAGAAUAUGGAAGACUUACACCGGCACAUUUUCUGGGAACCUGAUGCUAGCAAGCUGAACAAGAAUUACUGCCGCAAUCCUGACGAUGAUGCUCAUGGUCCGUGGUGUUACACUGGCGACCCUCUUGUCCCAUGGGACUACUGUCCCAUUUCUCGGUGCGAAGGUGAUACAACACCUACAAUAGUCAAUUUGGAUCAUCCUGUCAUUUCUUGUGCCAAAACGAAACAGUUGCGGGUUGUCAAUGGAAUCCCAACACAAACCAACAUGGGAUGGAUGGUUAGUUUGAAGCACAGAAACAAGCAUAUUUGUGGCGGUUCAUUGAUCAAGGAAAGUUGGGUUCUAACGGCGACACAGUGCUUCCCUUCACGAAACAAAGAUUUGAAAGACUAUGAAGCUUGGCUUGGGAUUCAUGAUGUCCAUGGAAGAGGAGACAAAACACGCAAACAGGUUUUAAAUAUAUCUCAACUGGUGUUUGGCCCUGAAGGAUCAGAAUUGGUGUUACUGAAGCUUUCUAGACCUGCAAUUUUGGAUGAUUUUGUUAGCACCAUUGAUUUACCCAAUUAUGGAUGCACAAUUCCAGAAAAAACUACCUGCAGCGUUUAUGGAUGGGGCUACACAGGAUUGAACAAUGUUGAUGGUCUUCUCCGCGUUGCUCACCUCUACAUCAUGGGAAAUGAGAAGUGCAAUCAGUACCACAAAGGGAAGAUCACCCUGACGGAAUCUGAAAUCUGUGCUGGGGCAGAUAGGAUUGGGGCAGGACCAUGUGAGGGAGAUUAUGGUGGCCCUUUGGUAUGUGAACAACAUAAGAUGAGAAUGGUUCUGGGCGUCAUUGUUCCUGGGAGAGGAUGUGCUAUUCCAAACCGCCCUGGGAUAUUUGUUCGAGUGGCAUAUUAUGCAAAAUGGAUACACAAAAUCUUAUUGACGUAUAAGGUACCCCAAUCAUAGCCAAAAUCAGCAAGGAGAUGUCUGAAACCUCAACCAAGCUCCCUUUUUACGUGAAGAUUUCAGAGAGCGUGAAAUUAAAAUGUCAUGUAUAAAAUCCUCCAAAAAGAACUACUUGAUAGUCAAGUUUGUUAAUACACAUAUUGAUAUUUAUGGAUGUUUUCUGUUGUUUUGUCUUUUGGAGUUAUUUUAUAAAUGUUGAAGUGAGUUAAGGUUUAUGCAAGUGUAGUAACAUAUCUCCUGAAGAUACUUGAAUGGGUGAAACAGAUUGCAAAGGUAAUCUUGUUGGAUGAUAAAGUAUUUCAUGCAAGUAGAUUACUUAGCCUUCCUGAUGGAAUUUCACAGUUUAUUAACUCAAUAAGAUCUCAACCCUUUAGUAGCCCCCAAAUUGUCUUUGGUCCUUUGAUAGAGUCUCUCUGUAUCACCUAGGCUAUCAAACAUGGACACCAACCAGGGAAGUUCUGAGACUGAAAUGUCCCUCAUCGUCUUCUAUUCCCAAAAUAGUCUAUCAGGUCAUCUUCCUGUAAGUGUCAUCAUGAAGAAGAUGCUUUCAGUUCUGAUCACUACUCUUCCUCUUUGAAUCUUAGUCAAUCUGAAAGUUCUGAGAAAGAAGAGGGGAGUUAAUAGGAGAUGCAAGAGGCCCUGUGUAUAAAGGUGUAUCUCUCUCUCUGUCUCUUUCUGUCUCUCUGUUUCUGUCUCUGUCUCUGUGUUUCUCUCUCUCUC